AUGUCUUACGAAGGAUUAUAUUUUCAAGUUGGUGGUAAACUGUACAAUUUGUACGAUGCAACCAUGAACUGUUCAUCGCGCUUGUUAUCCUGGAAAAGACAAGUUUUCCAUGUCGAAGGUCGAUUUGAAACGAAGUCAGAAGGAACUGAUUUGGUAGGUUUAUUGAAGAGAGAACUAGACAGUUUUUCAGUGAAUCUUGUUAUCCGCGCCAUACAUCGUCUAGAAGCAGCUGAUCAAACGGUUCAACGUGCGUAUAAUAGGUUACGGAAAGUAAUGUUUUUAAAGAGCGAGGCAGCAAACAAGGUACAUGAAAAAACUGAACAGCACUCGGUAACAAAGGAGAACCUCGAAUUUGCCCAAAAGUAUUUGUUAUCUCUUGAAGAUAAUGUAAGCGAAUACUCUAAAGACGUGGGAAAUUUAAAGUCGGAUUUGAAUAGCUUAUGUGAAAUAAAACAAUGUUCGGAAGUUUGUCAAGAAGGUGAAUUGUGCACGUCGUGUUAUGAAGAUGUCAUUGGAAACGUAAUGGGAGUGUGCCCUGCAACUUGCUAUAAAACAAAACAGCACCGUAUUCCACCCCUAACUGAAAUAGUAGAAUGCGACAAAAAAAAGUGCAACAGAAUUCAUAAUACAAAUGGAUUCUUUAAAUCUAUUUUCGGAAAUUGGUUUGGUGGUAUAAUAAAACGCGUUAUUUCUUUUGGAAUUGCAAUAGCAGCUACAGUGUUUGGUGGUGUACCAGCUCCAGUAGCUUCCGGACUCGCAAACGGUUUAGUGACGUUAGUAGACAGAGGAAGAGUGGACGAAGCUCUUUGUGCUGCAACUAAGGGAGUUGUGACUGGACUUGUUGGUGAUCUAUCGCCAAUUGCUCAAGGCGUAACGCAUGCUGUUGUUGCGCCAGUUCGUUGCCAAAGACCACAACGAGAUGGAUAUUGGAAAUGCACAACUCAGAAAGUAAAAUGUACAAAAGGAAGACACGAAUAUAAAUACGAACAUACUCCUUAUACGUGCGAGAAAUCAUGCAUGGUCGAAAAGAUAACAAAAUCUAUCCCAAAAACUUGCUGUAGAACCGUCGCCUGCGCCUCAUUAAGUAACGCAACCUGUGUUGCAGGAAAUGCCUUUUGCAGCAAAGCAAGAAUGAAAGCUUUAGAGAAAAUAUCUAACAGUAAUUCUAAAGUAGUAACGAUGUUGAAAAAGUUGGAGGGCGCAAAAAGAUAUGUUUCGUAUUGGAAAAUACGGAAACACAAAUACUAUAAUCAACUAGGGAGUGCACACCGUUGGCUAAACUCUACACAGGAAGCUAUUCGUAGCCUAGAGAAAGCGUACAAUGCCACAAUUGAAUCCAGAAAGAAAAUGGAUAAGUUAUUGUUCAAAUCACUACAGAUAAAAUUACUCUUGAACGACCAGCUGACCGCACUUGAAAAGGUAAAAUUGAAUGAAAUUCGUUUCAAAGCAAAAGUAUCCGUAAGAAAUGACAACUACUUGUUGCCAAUAGACAUCACAUUUCAGGUAAAUAGAACGCUACAAGUCUUGUCCACCGUCCUGGACUUUAAGAACCUUAACAUGUCUUUAAAGAACAUAGCUAAAGAGAUUGUGACAAGUAUUGUUGGAUAUAAUCAUAUGAGCAAUUCAAGAAAGAGGCGCUCACUGAACAUUCGUACGCUUCAAUCCAACAUGUUGAUCUCUUCAGUGAAGAAAUACUAUAGUUAUUGUGCAAUGUUUACCAACUACCAUCAAAUAUUAUAUGAUGUUGCAUCAUCACUUUUCAACUUGUCUUCGGAAGUUCUGUCUCUUCAUGAAAAACUACCCAAAGCCAACGAGUCUUUCCUGAAUAUUACUAAUGUGGAAGAAAUAUCUAAAUUUCUUCUGAAUCAAACUAUGGCCGCCAACUUUGGUCUUGGAAAAGGCAAGCACAAUUUCUCUGGUUUGGAGAUCCUUGAAGAUGACCAGGAAUUGUCCGAGGUAAUGAUGCUUCGAGAAGAAACAUUCCGACAGAAAUAUGAACCCCUUAAUUCCACAACCAAGCUGCUUGUUUUUAACUGGCACGCUGCAAUGGAGGACAUGUUUAACUCGUCAAGAUUAGCUUACGAUUGUGCUGGAAUGAACGAUUGUAUGGUACAUAUUCUUGACAGUUUACUAGAGAUUAUUGCUGUGAUCGAAACUGAAAGAGUGGAUCAUAUUCAAAACGAAGUUAAGUAUCUUGAAACUGCAUUAAGAGACCUGUCAAAUCCUGUUGACAUGUCCAUUGACCAAGCGGCGGGAAUAACGUCACGGAUCUUAAAUAUUUUGGGAGAAAUUCGGAAACACGUACUGACAGUAGUUUGCGCUAAAUCACCGAAUAUUACACAACAUCCAAAGUCUAUGAGCGAGUUAGAUAUUGGAAAAGACUUGGCCCUAUAUUGCAACGCAUCUGGAACAGAUUUAAAAUAUUCUUGGACAUUCAACAAUAACGUUUUGGAAACCCAAAGAUCGAAUGUGUUAAUAAUCAAUAAUGCAACGGUAUCUGAUAGUGGAAGUUACAAAUGUGAAGUAUCCAACCAUAUUGCAAAAGAAGAAUCAAUACCUGCAGUUGUUAUCGUCCAUGAGCCUCCUAUAAUUUCCAUUCAACCAGAGGAGUAUUUGUCUAUAGUUUUAUCUGAAGAUGAUUUUCUUCACUGCGAAGUUAAAGACACUCUCAGGAAUAUCUCGUAUCAGUGGUGGUUUAAACCUGAAAAAUCGACGUCCUUUACGCCAAUGACUAGUGAAACAUUUCCUUAUCUAAAUUUUGCUCCUAUGACAACAGAAAACGAAGGGUGGUAUUUCUGCAAAGUUUCCAAUUCAUACGGUGAAACGUUGUCCCGGAAAAGUUUCGUUAAAGGACUAGCUUUUACUCUUCCUGUACCAGCAGUAGAUUUGUCGUUUUCUUUAAUUCGACGUACAAGGGAAGUUAAUUCACGCUUUGUUCCAUCAAAUACUACUGGUUAUGACGAUAUUAGUUCACACAUUCUGACCCUCCUUUCGUCCGACAAAUAUUUGGGCGCAGGUAUGCAGAUAAAGAAUUUACGAGCAAUCAAAUGCCAGUUAGAGCAAUCCAAGACUAUGAGCAGUGUCGGUGUCGGGGAAUGUAUUUGGAAAUUCCACUAUGUUGGCAGAAACAUGACCUCCAGCCUUGCCGCUUAUGACAAUUUUAAAACGAAUGCCAGAAAGGUUAUAAACGCUACAUUGGAAUUGAAAGAAGACAUCGGGAAGUUUGCGCGUGUCAUAAACAAUGAUUCUUUAUCAUUCUUGAUGGCUGGUAUUGAAUACUUCGUUGAAAGAAAUAGCAUAGCAGUUCAGAAAUUUUCGCUCACAUGUCCGGAAACUCAAAGCCUUGUCGAAGAAGAUUUUAAAUGUGGUAAGUGGUUAAUAUAACUCAUUUAUCCAACAAACGCAAGUCCAUAAUAACAUUGAAUAAUACACUAGUCUGUGAAAUGAGCAAGAGUAAAGCUUUUUGUGAAUUUGCAUGUGAACACUCACUGAUCGAAAACGAAGAGAGACUCCUAAUAAAAAUAAACCUUUCUCCCAAUGCAACAUUUUGACUCGCCUUUUUCUUGAAGAUUAUAACCGGUUUUGAAAUUAUCGCCACUUUCGUCCACAAGCAUGCUCCAAAUGUUUUUCAGCGGUCGUUAAAUUAACCAACCCUACUUUAUGUUAUGUUAUGUUAUGUUAUGUUAUGUUAUGUUAUGUUAUGUUAUGUUAUGUAUAACCACCCCACGCGAGACUAAUCAACCUAAAACUCCAACUACACUUUGUGCGCAACACAGUAAAAUCCUGUAGUUAACUAAUUGGAGUUAAAAAAUUAACUUGCGUAGUUAAAGCUAACACCUAUAAUUUUACAUAACCGACCACUGCUUGUUCGCUUGACAGUUGUCUUUUUGGAAAAAACCUAAAGAAACUGAAAUAAAAACCAUUUUUUCUAUAGCAUUUGUCUGAAAUAAAUUUAGCACAAUUCAACAAUACUCUUGUUGAAUAUAGUGAGAACGAAAACCAUUAAACCUUUAUAUUAGGUUAAUUAUUCUAUAUUAAUUAAUUUCUCAAGUGGAUUGUCCACCCGGCUAUUACGCAGAAAUUGACAAGGAUCAAAUGGCGGCAUGCAAGCCUUGUCCUUUGGGAUUCUAUCAGUCAGAACCUGGGCAAUCAACUUGUAAGGAAUGCCCCUUGGGAUUUCAUACUCAGCAAGAUGGAGUUUAUGACAUUGCUCAAUGCAAAG